CGAUGUUUCUACUACGUGAUAAUACUCGGAAUACUCACCUGCGUCGAUGCCCAACACUCGUGGCUGUACUCAGAUACCAGUCUACAGUAUCAUGAACAUAUCAUUUCGACUUCUCAGAACUACUUGGUAAACAACCUUAGCGCGAAAGGUCGCACUCUGCUCUACACAUACGAACCUCUUGAAACAUCCACACCUUCAAGGACAGGUCAUGUCGCAAGCAAGUCCCAACAAAAGGCCACGUACAGUCUCCGAGUCUCCCAGAGAUGGCGUUACUCAAGAUGGAACGCCGAACGAACAACCAUCCCGGGGUUUGGCCCAUGAGCCACUCGACUAUCCUCGAAAACGAGCCAUAAUUGCUUGUGAGAUUUGUCGCAGUAGAAAGUCACGAUGCGAUGGUGGAAAACCGAGGUGUAAAUUGUGUGUCGAACUCGAUGCACGAUGUGUGUAUCGAGAGCCUGGUGUCAAAUUAGAUGCUGGUGACAAACUCAUUCUAGAAAGACUGUCCCAUCUCGAAGACAUGUUGCAAGCCGCCAUGACCACAGCGAACAUGAAUGCCAACAUCCCGAGAGUAGCUGGGCAGAUGGGAACUUCUCCCGCUGCAAGCACUAGCACCGCAGACGAUGCAUCUACGAGACGCAUCAGCUGCAGCGUUGCUUUAGAGAACAAUCGCCUGAAUGGUCUCGGAACCUGGGAUAGUGUCAACAUUUCAACCAUUCCUAAAAAGCACACCACUCCUGCUUUGAAUCUUUUGCAGUGGCCACUCAUUCGCGAUUUGGUAUCGCAGCCUUUAGAUCCGCAGGUCUUGGUAGAGCUGGAAAUGUCUCGACCUCCCAUAAAUCUUCCUCACUAUCCUCGGCCAGACAUGGCGAACACGGCUGUAUUUGCGAGCUCAUACUUCGAUUUGGUCAACGUCUGGUACGCAUGUGUGAAUCCACACGCGUGGCCAAAUCAUUACCGUGAAGCCACUUCGGUCGGCUUCAUUCAAGGAGCAGACAGUUGUUUGGUUUUGCUGGUCCUUGCCCUGGGAUCAGCAGCUCACAGCGGUAGUAUCUCGAGACUCCCCCACUAUGGAGAGCCUCGAGGUGUUGACUACUUCGCAUCUGCCUGGAAGAUCAUACCGAACUUGGCGAUACGGAAUGACAUACCUGCGGUUCAGUGCUACAUACUAGCGGCGGCCUAUCUGUUCUAUCUUGUACGACCACUAGAAGCAUGGAACAUGAUAACCAUAGCUUCUACUAAGCUACAGCUAGUUCUUGGUGUUCCCGACCGAGUACCGACUCCUCAAAGAGAGCUCCUUGUGAGAUUGUUCUGGGAUACCCUUUUGGCAGAAUCGGAUUUGCUUGCUGAGUUGGAGCUUCCGCACUCUGGUAUCGUCAACUUCGAGGACACGGUAGGACUUCCGGGCCCCUUCUCCGACAUAGAAGGAGAAUAUACCAGCAAAGAUGAACUAUGGUACUUCCUGGCCGAGAUCGCACUUCGCAGACUUCUGAACAGAGUCAGCCAUCUGCUUUACGUCAAGACACCGACCACAGCGCCUACUUCGAAGCUGGCACGGGUCACUGCUGAACUCGACUUUCAACUAUCGCAGUGGUAUGAAGGUCUGCCACAACCGAUAAAAUUCCCUAUGACAACACUUUCCAAGGACUCGCCUGGUCAGGUCUGUUUGCGAUUACGAUACUUUGCUUGCAGGACGAUAAUUUUCCGGCCUUAUGUCUUUGCCGUGCUCUCAGACGAAAACGCUGUCUCUGAUCCAGUGGUGAGAGAGAACUGCCGCAAAUGCCUCGAAGCGUGCUUGAGGCAGAUUGACAAUGUUUCUGCACAUCAAGUCGGCCAUCUUCCGUACCUCUGGCAGGGUGCUCUCAGUCUUGUCUCUCAGACACUCUUGGUCAUGGGAGCGACCAUGUCGCCAAAGCUUGCUGCUCUCCUUCCUCCUACCAUAUCUGUAGAAGUCAUCAUUUCAGAGGUGGUUUCGGAGCUGAACAGACUGGCUCAUCUCGCACCGAGCCUGAGAUUGAGUGCUGAGAUUGUUCGAGAGGCGGAGGCAAGGAGAAAGAUAUUCUUUAGCACGCAGAGGCCAGGAGCAUAACGCGUGGGAAGCAUUUUACUAUGUCAACAAAAGCUUGCACCAUUUUCAAUCUCGAGACAACUUGAAUAAUUGUUUGGCACGGUCGAUGACCUGUUGAUAUCAAAGUGUUGCCAACCAGCUGAUGGGUCAGGGUGAUAACUCAAACAAGCAUUUCAACCAGUCAUUUCGCAAUACAUAUUCAACGAUGAUAUCUUCUUAACCAUGUGGCGGCUUAAUAGGCCCAGAUAAUUCACCAAGUGGCCCCCAAUAACACUUGAGUGUAUAACAUGUGAACUCGUUGAGAUAUGAACCAAAAACG